UCCAAAUGGAAGAAAAAGUCCUGCAACCACCACAAUCUGAAAUGAAAGUCAACAUAUGGGAAAUAAAGCCUCCUGAUUUCAGCUACAAACUGUAUACAUCUUUGAGAUUUCCAGAAAAACCAUCAAGGAUUAUUAAGGAAAAACAAGGGAGGGAAAAAAAAGUUAAUUUCCCAGAAACAAUGCUUCACCUGCCCAGCAUAAGGAAUCAUCCCAAGAAGGCCAUAUCUCCAGAGUUUAUAACUACAUUCCCACAUAUGGAUUCAAAUGAAGUGAAGUUAAUGUUUGUGAAAAGUGGAAAGUAUCCAAAUGGUGUAUACUUCAAUCCAAAACCACACGACUUUCGACAGUAUCAACAUAAUUUACCAAACUUUGUGACAACGUUUGAAAGGGACCCUUUUGGAUUAAAAUUUAAGUCCAGACACUUAAGUACAGUACAUGGGUGUCAGUCGCUGAAAGAUGAUAAACAGAAGAACAAUAUAGAAAGAUUUAUCACUUACAAGCCUCAUGAAUGCACCUGGGACCCACAGCUAAUUUUACCAAAAGCCCCAUGGCCCAUUCAAUCAGCUUCAUACACGAGACACAGAAGGCAACGAGAUGUGUACAGUGCAUUUAUGGAUCGUGUGGAAGAGAAGUUUACCCAAACAUGCAAGAACAGGUGGGCAAACACUUCAAGCUUUGUUGCUGAACCCUUACAUUAA